AUGGCAUCUCCUGCAUCAAAGGUGACCGUGGGAUGGAUUGCCCCUAUGGCGAUUGAACUGACGCCUGUGCUUGCAAUGCUUGAGGAGCGUAUCCAGGUUUCAAUACCUGGAGAUACUGUCAUGUAUCACGUCGGGAAGAUAUAUAAUCACUGGGUCGCGGUGGCUGUCUGCCCACGCAUCGGUACCAACCCGGCGGCUACAACAUCCGAAAACCUGGGCAGAUCCUUUCCCAAUAUCAAAUACUAUCUAGUAGUUGGUAUAGCGGGAGGUGUCCCCAGGUAUGGUGUGGAUCUGCGGGAACAGAUUGUCCUGGGCGAUGUCAUUGUCGGCUACCCCGAGUGGAGAGAAGGCGGGACUAUACAUUAUGAGCACGGCGUGUUCGAAGAGAACGGCAAUUUCUCGCAUUCCGGCCAUACCCUUCAUGCAGAUUCUGCUCUUCUCAGCGCAGUAAACAAUCUUCGUGCUAACCACGACCUAAUCCCGGGAACAAGCAUCCCCACAUAUCUACAUCUCAGAAAGUCUUGCGACAAGAUCUGCGACAUGACCCGAUCAGAACGACGAGAGGACCGGGGCACUAGAGCAAUUCGGACUACCGAUACACCUCAUAUCCACUACGGGACCAUCGGCUCCGGCAAUGCGCUUAUAAAAUCAAGCGAGAAGCGCGACCAGCUUUACAAAGACUAUAACAUACUCUGCGUUGAGAUGGAAGCUGCUGGUAUCGUGGCUGGGAAGCAGGCACUGGUAAUCCGUGGGAUCUGUGACUAUGCCGACUCACAUAAGAAUAAGAGCUGGCAAAGGUAUGCUGCUGCCACUGCAGCGGCAUAUGCAAAGGAGCUCUUGUCACUUGUGCCAACACCAGAUAUAGUCUCAAACCCGCCCCAACCUCCUCAAGAGGUAUCUAAAGCCGUGAACGACUGCCUGAAAUCCCUCGCCUUCGCCGGUAUGGAUUCCAGAUUCAUUGGCGUCGAGACUGCUACCUAUGGAACUCUCGAAUGGCUUGUUCAACACCAAGCAUAUAAAGAUUGGAUCAACCGCGAUCAAGGGCUUCUAUGGGUCAAGGGAAAACCAGGUUCCGGAAAGUCUACACUGCUGAAAUAUGCGGUCGGUCAGCUACUCCCCCAGACAAAGGACUUGGUCGUGCAGUUUUUCUUCCAUGGCCGCGGCGACCUUCUCCAGAAGUCUCCUGUCGGUUUCCUUCGAUCUAUCCUCCAUCAAGUUGUCAGCAUGACCCCUACAGCAUUACCUGAGCUUAUUUCAACUUUUGAGAAAAGGCUGGGGCAGAUCGGCCCCCACGGUGAAAAUUGGGAGAUCAAGAACGAAAUCUCAAAGAUUCCCAAGGACCUUGACACCCUCUACCAAGAGAUGAUUAGUGGCAUGGACGAAGAAUCGCUAAAACUUAUUCGAUGGAUAUGUUUUGCCCAGAAGCCGUUAUCUCUCGAAGAAAUGUGCUGGGCAAUGACGAUUGACACAGAUUCCAACAUGGAAUCGAUCCAAGCCUAUCAGGACGCAGAAAGCAUCUAUGACAGUAAAAGUAUGAAGGCACAAGUCAACGAGCUGAGCCAUGGUCUCGCUGAGGUUUCCUCGUCGGCAAAUCACGACAUGAUCCAGUUUAUCCAUCAAUCCGUCAAGGACUACUUCUGUGAAAAUGGUUUACUGGAGCUUGGCAAACGGUGGGCUUCUACUGAAAACGCCGCUGGAGCCGCCCAUCGCCAGUUAGCCAUGGUGUGCAUACGAUAUCUCCAUCUAGAGGAGAUCCAUAAGCCCGCGCAUGAUAAGUCCUCUGAGUAUCCUUUCUUAGAAUGGGGUGAAAUGCUAGACUACGACGAAAGUGAUGGUGAUAAUCGUACGCCGCUGUCAUUGGCAGCUGAGAAUGGCCACGAAGGCAUCGUCAAGCUACUACUAGACACACAGAACGUCGAUAUCGAUUCAAAAAUUAAUAGUAGUCGCACACCGCUAUCAUGGGCAGCUGGGAAUGGCCACGAAGGCAUCGUCAAGCUACUACUAGACACACAGAACGUCGAUAUCGAUUCAAAAUGUAAUAGUAGUCGCACACCGCUAUCAUGGGCAGCUGAGAAUGGCCACGAAGGCAUCGUCAAGCUACUACUAGACACACAGAGCGUCGAUAUCGAUUCAAAAUGUAAUAGUAGUCGCACACCGCUAUCAUGGGCAGCUGAGAAUGGCCACGAAGGCAUCGUCAAGCUACUACUAGACACACAGAGCGUCGAUAUCGAUUCAAAGGAUGCUGAAUAUAGUCAGACACCGCUAUCAUGGGCAGCUGAGAAUGGCCACGAAGGCAUCGUCAAGCUACUACUAGACACACAGAACGUCGAUAUCGAUUCAAAGGAUGCUAAAUAUAGUCAGACACCGCUAUCAUGGGCAGCUGAGAAUGGCCACGAAGGCAUCGUCAAGCUACUACUAGACACACAGAGCGUCGAUAUCGAUUCAAAAUGUAAUAGUAGUCGCACACCGCUAUCAUGGGCAGCUGAGAAUGGCCACGAGGGCAUCGUCAAGCUACUACUAGACACACAGAGCGUCGAUAUCGAUUCAAAGGAUGCUGAAUAUAGUCAGACACCGCUAUCAUGGGCAGCUGAGAAUGGCCACGAAGGCAUCGUCAAGCUACUACUAGACACACAGAGCGUCGAUAUCGAUUCAAAAUGUAAUAGUAGUCGCACACCGCUAUCAUGGGCAGCUGAGAAUGGCCACGAGGGCAUCGUCAAGCUACUACUAGACACACAGAGCGUCGAUAUCGAUUCAAAGGAUGCUGAAUAUAGUCAGACACCGCUAUCAUGGGCAGCUAGGAAUGGCCACGAAGGCAUCGUCAAGCUACUACUAGACACACAGAGCGUCGAUAUCGAUUCAAAGGAUGCUGAAUAUGGUCAGACACCGCUAUCAUGGGCAGCUAAGAAUGGCCACGAAGGCAUCGUCAAGCUACUACUAGACACACAGAACGUCGAUAUCGAUUCAAAGGAUGCUAAAUAUAGUCAGACACCGCUAUCAUGGGCAGCUGAGAAUGGCCACGAGGGCAUCGUCAAGCUACUACUAGACACACAGAGCGUCGAUAUCGAUUCAAAGGAUGCUGAAUAUGGUCAGACACCGCUAUCAUGGGCAGCUAAGAAUGGCCACGAAGGCAUCGUCAAGCUACUACUAGACACACAGAACGUCGAUAUCGAUUCAACGGAUAACAGUGGUCGCACGCCGCUAUCAUGGGCAGAUAAGAAUGACCACGAGGGCAUAGUCAAGCUCCUAAAUCAGAGGACGCAGCCCUACACGCGCUCGGCGCAACCGGAGUCCUUUCCCACCUUCCGGCUCAAGGACCAGUCACCACUCGGAGAGCGCAUCGGCCGGUUUUUCGUCGGGGUCCACUCUGCAGAGACGUCCACCAAACUCGCCAACGACCCCGCAGUCGCGAAAACGCUCCUCACCAACGACGACCGAACCCCGCCUCUAGUAACACAAGUCGCCAUUGUCCCCAUCCUCAGCCGCCUCGAAGAGUUCUCCAUCCCCCACGCCGAAACCGUGCACGCGCGCAUCACCAACGCCUAUCGCGCGCCGCCCACGCUUCCGCGCUUCUCGCUGGGCGAUCUCCACCCGGGGUGCAUUCUCGCCGAGCCGUGGAGCGAGGGGUCUCGUACGCGGCGGGUGAGACGCCUUCUCGCCGGGGUCCGGGCUCACAUGCUGAGCGUGGAGGACGUGGUUCCGGCGGCGUCGUACCGGGCGGGGAGAGCGUUUGUGGACGGGCUGGUGAGGGCGUAUGCGGAGGGUGCGGAUUUCAACGCGCCGGGCGAAGUGGAGGUCGAGGCGAGGUUCGCGCUGCUGCGGGAGACGAUGAUUCGGCACGGGAGGGAGUUAAUUAAUGUGGCGUACGGGCGAAAGGGGAACACCAAGGAACCAGCCACGUCCACCGGGACCGAUGUCCCUACGGAACCCCGGCACCCAAGACGACCUCCUUCCAUCACGGACAUGGCCCCCGAAAUCUCGGAAUCCUUUACCUUUGUGGAACUCUUCAACUCGGAAACCCCCAACGCCACAAGCGAAUCCGCUCCCUCUCCCGGCACCCCGCCUCCCGGCCCCAUCGCCGCGGAGACCGAAAGAAUCUCCACCGCCCUAAAAGUCCUCAAUCACCCCCGCAACAACGCCACCGUCCCCGUCCCCGCCUCCACACCCACCAUCCACAACCCGUACCCUUCCUACCGCGCCUCGCACGAGCGCAUCCUCGCCUCCCACCAGUGCUACCCGACCUACCGCGCCGCCCAGCGCGCCCUGCACGACGACCACCGGUGCUUCGCCGCCUACCGCGCGGAGCUCGCGGUCGUCAAGUCCUCGCAGGCCGGUUGCAAGUACGUUUGCCCGCGCAGCCGGGGCGGCGUGGCCGGGGGCGCGACGGUGCACGAUAACGCGGACUGCGGGCGGUGUCUCGUGGAUCUGGAGCGGCGGGUCGUCGCGGUGCGGCGGGGGUUGGAGAUGUGCGAGCGGUCGCUGCAGCAGGCGUUGGCGGGGGUGGAGAGGGAGUUUGAGGUUUGCGAGGAGGAUUAUGAGAGGGAGAUGGAGGAUUAUCUUCUCGGUCUCACGCCCUCCGGCCCCGGCCACUUCUUCUCUCUCGCGAACACCUCCGAACCCGUAUUCCCGUCCAUAAAUCCGCCGCUCGGCUGUAACUCCAACGCCCAGACGAACACACACACGCACCGCAACCACAUUACUCCAUCACCCCCACAGGACCAACACCGGGAAGCCAGACACUCAAAAGUCACCAUGUCGCAAACGAAACGCUCCUCUUCCAUCAUCCCCUCCCUCAUCAACUUGGUGUCCGUCCUCGUGCAAAUCGGCAUCCUCAUCGUUCUCAUCCUGCUCCUCAAGGAGAUCAAAGGCGUCCAGAAAUCCGGCGGCAACUCGGUCCGGGUCAGGACGGCGGACCAGUACGGGGUCCAAAAGGUCGAAAUCACAAACUCGCGGUCGCUGCCGGUUCCUGUCAUGUUUCCCGAUACGCAGACGGUUCGCGUUACGAAUGCGCUCAUUGAUCCUCUUCGUGUCAUUGUGUCGUAG